AUUCGCACCUGACACUUUGCGGCGUUUUAUUUGAUCCUCCCCCCCCACUUUAGAAAGUACAUACGCGCUCCCAUUGACCUUUUGAGUUUUUGACUUUGUUUUUCUUUUGGUUUCUUUACGCGACAUAAAAAGUCAAAAACUCACUCUUUCUUCACUCUUUAUUCACUCGUAUAAAUACAUUUCUAAAGCCGCCAAAAUCUAUCAAUCCAAUUCAAAAUCAACACCACUGACACUGAAGAAACAGAGCUAAGUUAACUUGAAUACUGAAAGAAACAGAGCUAAACCGGAAAUAGAGAAAUCGUACCGUUACCGAACCGGAUUGAUGGAGGGAUCGUCUUCUUCUUCUUCGAUGCAGUCAAAGUACAAAGGAGUGAGGAAGAGGAAAUGGGGCAAAUGGGUUUCAGAGAUCAGACUUCCCAACAGCAGAGAACGUAUCUGGCUUGGCUCUUACGACACUCCCGAGAAGGCGGCGCGAGCCUUCGACGCGGCUCUUUACUGCCUCCGAGGCAACAAUGCAAAGUUCAAUUUCCCCGAUAACCCUCCCGUGAUCUCCGGCGGACGAAACCUAUCGCGGUCGGAGAUACGAGAAGCGGCUGCGAGGUUCGCUAACUCGGAGGAGGAGGACUCGAGCGUUCGAGCAGGAUACGAGACACGGCAACUUCAAGAGUCUACUAUAAAAUCGAUGGACAUUAUUGAUUCGGAGUUCUUGAGCAUGCUCCCGACGGUUGGUUCUGGUAAUUUCGCAUCGGAGUUCGGGUUGUUCCCUGGGUUCGAUGAUUACUCCGACGAAUACUCCGGUGAUCGUUUCAGGGAACAGCUUUCACCGACACAACAACACGAUUACUAUUAUCACGGAGAAGAGGCUUACGAUGCCUCCAUGAUCCUUUGGAAUUUUUGAAUUUCUCAUGAUUCCAUAUCAUCAUCAUCACACUACACAAUCUGAGAUUUUGAUUUGUGGUUUUUUUAAAAAUUCUUUUGUUCCUUAAUUUAAUUUUUUUUCCCCAAAUGUUUUUGGAUUUUUGGGGUUUAGGGAUUCAUUUUUAAUUUAUUUCCCCACGUGUUAGAAUUAUCAGAUUAAACAAAGGCCUGCCAAACCUAAUUAAUAAUAAUAAUAAAAAUACGUAUAUAGUAGUA